AUGAGGGUAUUCCCCUUCUCCUUGAAGGAUUUUGCAAAAGACUGGCUAUACUACCUACCACCAGAUAGUAUCACCACGUGGGACCAACUGAAGAAAAAGUUCUUAGACAAGUAUUUUCCCGCCUCUCGAGCUACAAGUCUAAGAAAGGAGAUUUGUGGUAUCAAACAACACCCAGGAGAGUUGCUUUAUGAUUACUGGGAACGAUUCAAGAAAUUAUGCAUCAAGUGCCCCCAGCACCAAAUAAGUAAGCAGUUGCUCAUACAAUAUUUUUACGAGGAGCUACUUUUCAGAGACAAGAGUAUAAUUGAUACUGUGAGUGGAGGGGUUCUGGUGAACAAGACCCCUCGAGCAGCGUGGGAGCUAAUUGAAGGAAUGGCGGAGAAAUCACAGCAAUUUGGUACGAGAGAGGAUGUCCCGAUACGCAAGGUGAAUGAAAUAGAGACAUCCUCUAUCCAACAACAGCUGACUGAGUUGACUUCUUUUGUUAGGCAACUGGCUAUAGGAAAUGCAUCUCAGACCAAGGUGUACGGGAUUUGUACUAGUAUGGGUCAUUCUACAGAGAUGUGCCUAAUGAUUCAAGAAGAAAGUGCAGAACAAGUAAAUAUGGCCGGUCACGCGCCCACGCCAAGAAAGGCCUAUGACCCGUACUCAAAUACGUAUAACGCGGGUUGGAGGGACCAUCCCAACCUCAUCUAUGGAGGGAACAUGCAGUGUAAUUUUGUGUCAAAUAGACAACAAGGGUACCAGCAGCAGUACCAACCCCGACCACCUCCGUCACCAAAAUCUAGUCCAUCUCUGGAGGAGAUAAUGAAACAACUGAUGGCUACCACUGCGCAACAUCAACAAAAGACGGACUUCGAACUGCAUAACAUAAGAAAUCAAAUGAGCCAGAUGCAAUCCAUGCAAAAUCAGAUGAACCAAAUGGCCAUAACAAUCAACUGUUUGGAGUCCCAAGUCCAAGGUAAAUUGCCGUCUCAGUCUGAGUUGAACCCAAAGAACGACAAGGAUGAGGAAAAGAUCGAGAACGAGUUUGGGAAGGAGGACAACAGUGGCACAAAUCCAAAAGUACUCCCCGACCCAAUCAUUACAGUCAAGAUUAACCCGCCUCCCUUUCCUAGCAGGUUGGAGAAACCAAGAAAACAAGAUAAGGAGAAGGAGAUCUUGGAGGUGUUCCGCAAGGUACAGAUUAAUAUCCCCCUUUUAGACGCAAUCAAACAAGUGCCGAAGUACGCAAAGUUUUUUAGGGAUCUGUGUGUCAACCGAAGGCGGCUUAGGGGAGAUGAAAGGGUCAUUGUAGGGGAGAACGUGUCCGUAAUCUUGCAGAGGAAGCUCCCACCGAAAUGCGGGGAUCCAGGUUCAUUAAAAGAAACUGAAAUAAUAAUUCAAUUAAUUGACCGAACAAAUGCAUACUCUAAUGAGUUGGUCGAGGAUGUGCUGGUUAGAGUUAAUGAAUUAGUAUUCCCAGCUGACUUUUAUGUAUUUGACAUGGAUGAUGACCAUUCUCCCGACCCCUCGUUUUUGAUGACUCGUAGGUAUCUCUCUGACAUGACGUGCCCGCGUCAUGUCGUAUGGAGAGCUCAUGGUCAGAAGGAUUUUCACCCUCAUGACGCUCCCACAUCAUGUUGUAUGGAGAGCUCAUGGUCAGAAGGGUUCUUGCCUUUUUGA